AUGAACCGCCUUCAGUUCGCGCUCCUGAUUGGGCUCUGCAGUGCCGCCAGCGGUGGGCUGUUGCCGGGUGACGGCUAUCAGUACGACCGGCCAGCUUUCGGAGCCGCUGAUUUCGGCCAGCGCAACAACGCUCUCGGUAGGUUACCCACUGCUGGAGCUGGACGAGGAGCCGACGGUUUUGGCGGUGGAUUCAAUUCCCGACAGCCCGCUGGCUUUGGAUUCCCCGCGGGAUAUCAGGGGAAUCAGGGUUACCAGGGCUAUCAGGGCAACGCCGGAUACCAAGGAUUCCAAGGCAACAAUCAGGGAUUCCGAGGAGACAACGACGCUGGUUACCGGAGCUUCGACGCGGGCGAUAACGGAAGGUCGGCGCCACGGCCGUACAGCUUCCAGUACGAGGUGCGAGACGCAGCCUCGGGCAACGACUACGGCCAGCAGGAGAGCGGCGACGCCGCAGGUGUGGUGCGCGGUGAGUACCGCGUUCUGCUGCCGGAUUCCCGUACGCAGAUAGUCCGCUACACGGCCGACGACGCCAACGGCUACGUCGCCGACGUCCGCUACGAGGGACAGGCGCAGUUUCCCAGGCCUGGAUUUUUCGGAGCCGGAGGUGCCCCUGCUGGUGGGCCUGGAUUCUUCGGCGGUACUGCCGGUGGUGGUGCAGGUGGAUAUCAAGGUAGGGGAAACGUCGCCGGCUACAACGGAGCAACGGACGGAUUCGGCGGCGGCGGAGCCAGUAAUCAAUACCUGCCUCCCAGCGCGGGCUCUUACGGCAAGUGAUCGACUCUCUCACGAGGGGCUAUAGCAGCAGCAGCACCGAGCCCGCACUCGACACUUAUUACUUGGGCGACAGACGGCAUAGUCGGACCGGCAACACUUGACUCCGAUGCGGAAGUCUCGCGGAUAGACGACAGCGCUAGCCGUGGAAACUCCCAGGACGAUGUACCAACACGCGCGCGCGCGAGCGACACGUACAAUAUGAAUGCUCGCUGAUGUAUGGGUGACUUUACUUCUUGUUCGAUAAAUUUUUCUUGUAAAAAGAGAACAACGUAUAGUGCACGGAAACGCCCAUAUGUACACCGCUCAUACACAGGCGUACGCGAGCGCGCACGCGAUUGAUACAGAUGGACACAUACAGGCUUUUUCGCCCCGAGGCCGAGAGUCGUUUUCUCGAGAGCUCGAUAUAUAUAUAUAGCGGCUAUACGAGUCGAGCUUUUCUUUUGCAGGAAAUCGGCCACUCGAGUACCCAGAGGGGGAGGCUUCUUCUUAUUCUUCGCCUUCGCCUCCUCUUUCUUCUUCUUCUUCUUCUUCUCCUCCUGUAUCCCCCCAGCUCGCGCUCUCCCUCUUUUCUUCUUCCCUCUCGUGUCUUGUUUUAUUUUUUCUUCUUAUAGUCUGCGGUGGACGCACUUUAGCGACGCGAUUGCGUAAGAAGGAAAAAUACGUCUCCCCGCAAGCCUCUGUAAAAAGGAAAAAUAAUUAUUUUCGCUCGAGUAAACCGAACGCGCGCGCGGGCGCAGCAGUAUAGCAGCGAUUUUGUCAUUUUAAGCGUGAGUGAAUAACGACACAAUUGGCUACGAUUCGGUGUAAUUUUUCUUUUCUUUUUUUUUCGCUUCGCUUUUUUCUCUAGUUGUCUCUCCUCCCGCUACUGUGAUAGUUUUCAGUGGUUUCGCUAUCAUUUGCGCUUGAUUCGACGUUUUGCGAAACGACUGUAUAGCAAAUCGUCGAUAAAUUUUAAAAAAACGUGAAACUUGUACAGUUUAUCUACUGUUAUAUUCUGCAGCGAUCAGUAUUUCACAUAUUAUUGUCUGGUAUAUUCAAAUCCGGCGCGUGAAUCGACGAAUUUAAACACGAAAUAUGCCGUCUACUAUUAAAAAUAAAAUAUUCGCUUUUAUAACAUUCAUUCAUUUUACGUAUUUCGCGAGUUUCGCUAAAUUGUGGCCAAGUUUUCCAUCGCUGGUAUGAUAAAUUUCACGAUGAUUUGAAAUAUCGGGUAUCAUUCUUUCAAACCAAGCCGAAGCUUUUGCUCAACACAAAAUCUAAAAUAGCUUUCCAAAAAAUUAUGAAUAAAGUGAAAAUUGCUUGUAUCAAAUGUUAACAAUACCCUUACACGCAUGUAUACUAUUACCUUUAAUGAACAAUAUGGAUGCAUUGUAAAACACGAAAAAAAAAUGUAAAAAACGAUUGUAUUGCUUAGCGUUGCAAUUGUAUACCUCGCUUUUCCCUCGCAUAUCGUAAUGUAAAGAAAAACCAGCAUAAACGUCCAUACUCCAAUAAAAAUACGUGUGCACAGCAGCAAAGGUAUUCUUC